AUGGCUCCCAGACCCUCCCACAAGCGUGCCCAGAGCAUCAUGACCGCCACCACCCAGGAACACCUCGAGCUCGGCGGUAAGAUCUCGUGGCUUGCCUCGCUGAACACCGCAUACCGACCCUCGCGCAACUACCGCCGUUCCUCCAUUAUCUGCACCAUUGGCCCCAAGACCAACUCGGUCGAGGCCAUCAACCGUCUGCGUGAUGCCGGUCUCAACGUCGUCCGCAUGAACUUCUCCCACGGCUCGUACGAGUACCACAAGUCCGUCAUUGACAACGCCCGCGCCGCUGAGCAGGUCCAGCCCGGUCGCCAUGUCGCCAUUGCCCUGGACACCAAGGGCCCCGAGAUCCGAACCGGUAACACCCCCAACGAUGAGGACAUUCCCAUCGCUGUCGGUACCAUCAUGAACAUUACCACCGACGAGGCCUACGCCACUAAGUGCAACACCGAGAACAUGUACGUUGACUACAAGAACAUUACCAAGGUCAUUGAGCCCGGUCGUGUCAUCUACGUCGAUGAUGGUGUCCUCGCCUUUGACGUCCUGAGCAUCAAGGAUGAGCAGACCAUUGAGGUCCAGGCCCGCAACAACGGCUUCAUCUGCUCCAAGAAGGGUGUCAACCUGCCCAACACCGAUGUCGACCUUCCCGCCCUGUCCGAGAAGGACAAGGCCGAUCUCAGGUUCGGUGUCGAGAAUAACGUUGACAUGGUCUUCGCCUCUUUCAUUCGCCGAGCCCAGGACAUCCGAGACAUCCGUGAUGUUCUCGGUGAGGAUGGCAAGCGAAUCCAGAUCAUUGCCAAGAUUGAGAACCGACAGGGUCUCAACAACUUCAAGGAGAUCCUUGAGGAGACUGACGGUGUCAUGGUCGCCCGUGGUGAUCUCGGCAUCGAGAUUCCUGCCGCCGAGGUGUUCGCCGCCCAGAAGAAGCUGAUUGCCAUGUGCAACUUGGCCGGCAAGCCCGUCAUUUGCGCCACCCAGAUGCUCGAGUCCAUGAUCAAGAACCCCCGCCCCACCCGUGCCGAGAUCAGCGAUGUUGGCAACGCCAUCACCGACGGUGCCGACUGUGUCAUGCUUUCAGGCGAGACUGCCAAGGGUAGCUACCCCGCCGAGGCCGUCCACGAGAUGCACGAGGCCUGCCUCAAGGCUGAGAACACCAUCCCCUACGUCUCCCACUUCGAGGAGCUGUGCACUCUGGUCAAGCGCCCCGUCAGCACCGUCGAGUCUUGCGCCAUGGCCGCUGUCCGUGCCUCGCUCGAUCUUGGUGCUGGUGGCAUCAUCGUCCUGUCGACCUCUGGCGAGUCUGCUCGUAUGCUGUCUAAGUACCGACCCGUGUGCCCUAUCUUCAUGGUGACCCGAAACGCCACCACCUCUCGAUUCAGCCAUCUGUACCGUGGCGUGUACCCCUUCCUGUUCCCCGAGGCCAAGCCCGACUUCACUCAGGUUAACUGGCAGGAGGAUGUCGACAAGCGUAUCAAGUGGGCUGUCAACAACGCUCUGCGUCUCAAGGUCCUCACCGCCGGCGACACCGUCGUCGUCGUGCAGGGCUGGAAGGGUGGCAUGGGUAACACCAACACCCUGCGUAUCGUCAAGGCCGACCCCGAGCACCUGGGCAUUGGCCAGUUGUAA